AUGGCAUCUACGCUGUACCCAUCCCUCAAAUCAUCGCUUGGCGCAAUCAUUGAUUCCUAUCCCCCCACCCGUCAACUCACCAAACCGAUAUCUCCAGCUGAACUUACCGACAAAGUCAACAAGGCAUGGUCAAAUAGUUCAGUGAACGUCAAUGCGCCGGAAAGUUCAUCUAAAUCAGGAGAAGUUAUAAGGACGGUCUUGGAAGUCGUGGGAAGAGAUGCAGUGAUAUUGCCAAUCACGAGUGCAGAACUUGCAGAACCCACUUCUGAAGCCUCGGAGAAGGAGAAGCAAGCAUUUCAGAUCAGCUUACAGGAUAGGCUAGAUAUUGUUCUGACCCUCUUCGAAGUGGUCUAUGCAUCUUAUCCCGAGACACCGUCACUUGAGCCAGGAGCUCUCUUCAUACCGUUAAUAGAAGAGCUGGUAGAACUGAUCUCGGUAGAAUCAUGGCGGGGACUCUGGACAUAUAUGGAGACUAGGUCAAAGAGAUUUACGAAGGACAUGCCAGCAUCUCGAGGAAAAGCUCUUCCUCUACUGCGUACCAUCAAUGCAUUCCUUAGAUUCCUACCCAGGACACCGGACGAUCUGGUCCUCAGAGGCCGAGUUCAUCAAUUCGCAAGCUCGGUGAUAAGUGUGGCGGACAAAAGUGCUAUCAACAUGAGAGGUGAUUAUGCGGAGGUGCGUACGACAUGGGAUGAGGAAGAGGUGAAGGAAGACCUUGCAGAGGAGAACAAGGAUGACAAGGACGGCGAGGGAGAUGUUAAAAUGGAAGAUGAAGUGGACAAGGAACCUUCUCAAAGUGAAGAUAGUGAAGCUAAGGAGCAAAAGCUUGAUUUCUACCCUACUCUCUGGUCCCUUCAGCAGUAUUUUGCUCAUCCACCCUCACUCGAUGGUCCAGCCGUCGGCGAACCUGCGAAGACACCCUUUCAUACAUUCAAGGAGAAGACUGAUUUCGUCUUACCGCAUCUAUUCGCACAGACACAGAAGGAGAAGGCUCUAUUAGGGAAAGAUGCUGAGGUGAUUGGCAAAAAGCGGAAGCGGUCAGCCGAGGACGUAGAAAAUGGUGGAUUCUUCCAUCCCAGGUACCUUACCGGAAAGAGGUUGUUCGAGUAUGAGCUUGCCGACCCCUCAUUCCGUCGUCAGAUCCUCGUUCAGUAUUUCAUCCUCUUCCAAUUCCUCUUGAACCUCACUCCUGCUUCAGCUGGUAAACAGGCAUUCACCGGAGGUAUGCCCAAGACUUUUGUCUUGAAUACUGAUGACGAGAAAUGGGUGAUUUCGAAGGUUCAGACCAUUAGAGAUGAGCUGUUGAAAAUGGUCGAUGGAAAGAGAUUUGAGGAAACCGUCUUGUCAAUCAUAACUAGAGAGGUGCAUUAUGCACAAUGGAAGAAUGACCAAUGUCCCGAAGGCGUCUUUGAAAUUCCACCGUUAGACGAGAGUACGGCGAAAGAUGCUGCUAAAUUAUGGGAAAGGCGACUCGCUCCUCCAAGAGCAUAUGCGUUCAAGGUCGGUUCACGACCCUUGUCGAUGUUAUGGAAUAAUGGAUUCAAAGGUAUCGAUCAGCUGAAAGGAAGGCAGAAAGCCACAAAUGAAGAGCAGCUGGAUGAAGAGUUGAGGAAGAUAGAGGAGGAUGAGGAAGAUGAUAAAGCGAUGGGUAUCGAACCAGCCCCGGAAGUCUUAGCAGCCAACAAAGAGCGAAAGACCAGUCUCACUUGGCGUGCUCUCCGACUUGCCUCUCACGAUCAUCUAAGGUAUUUCAGAACUCUCGCCCCCAAGAGGGAUCUUCAUGUACUCAUGAAAGCUGUCAAAGGCGAGGCGGAGAAGCCAGGCCCUGCAGUGGAAAACCAGACCGAAGAGGAAAAGGCGGUCGAAGAUGUCCCAGAAAAGGAGGUCUUAGACACCAAGAAUGGAGGAGAAGGCGAAGAGAAAUUCAAUGAUGGGGAGCAGAAAAUGGACGAAUCAGAUAAUCAGCCUGACGAAGAUACAGAGGUAGUAGAUGUAGAGAAGCCGGAAAAUGCCGAGACGGAUGUUGAGAUGACACAAGAAGGGGAAACAGAGCAGAAGAUUGAGGAACAGGGCAAGGACAGAGUCGCACCGCAGGAAACCGAUGAAUCCACAGUUACGUCGAAGGUGGCAGAACAGAGUCAGGAAGACGGCCAAAAGUCCGAAGAACAGACCAGUGAAGUCGCUGAAAAGACCAUGGACGAAGAGGCUGACAUGGCCUCGACAUAG